CAUCAUCCUCUGAAGACACAAAUCUUAAGUUUAGAGAAAUUCCAAAUUUAAGUAUUAAACCUCUUGUGUUGUGGGAACACUUCUGUUAUUAAUUACUGUUCUGCUGGUGUGCCUGCUAAACUUAAUUUGCCCCCUAAUUUAUUCUACCUCUCAAAACUCUUCAUUAAAAAACCCUCUGGGUCAGUAAACUCAAGUUUUAUCACACGGCAUCCAAGGACCUCCAUCAUCUGAGACCAACUUACUAAUUGUACAAUUUUAACUACCAGCCUAUAUAAAACGAGCUCAACUAACCUCAUUGGUAAGUCUAUCUUGUUUCAGCACUACAACAUUUAAGAUUCUUCUAUCUUUAUACACUCUUAAUGUUAAAAUUAGAUAGAGCUCCCCUCUUUCUGUCCUUUCUUAGUGGGAAGAAAUGGCUGACCACGUUUAAACAAAUAAACUGGCCUAUCCCAAAAACAAGACCUCUUCAUUCUUCUAGUCAGACACUGUUUCCAUUGCUGUACCCUUACCUUAACAUGCUAUAAAACUGCUUUCCCAUAAAUUCUGAAGCUAUUAUCCUAGUAUCUGAACUGUUAAGGUUCAAACUUGAAAAGACAUUAGAACUUAAAAGGAUAGACUAAAUCUCAGUGCUGAAGGACUAUUUACAUUCACAUUAUCUCUUUCUUUCUUUUGGGGGUGGAGGCUAGACACAGUUUCUUCUCUGUGUAGCCCUGGCUAUCCUGGAACUCACUCUGUAGACCAGGCUAGCCUCAAACUCAAGAGAUUCACUUGCCUCUGUCUCCCGAGUGCUGAGAUUAAAGGCAUUCCCUACAUACCCAGCUCUGUUUCCUUUAAAUACAAUGAAUUGGAUAACUGUUGAGAGUCUGAGUACUUAUAUUAGUAUGCCUAUGACGGAAACAAAAGCAAAACGCAAAUUAUAAAGAUGCUUCUAAAUACAGCACAGUACUUCUGCGUGCCUACCAUUAUUUUCCCAGUACUAAGCUGAAGUGCAAAAAAAAAAAAAAAAGCACAUGUGAAUGCACCGGCGUUCCUGAAGAGUAUUUCAGAGACACCAACCCAAGGAAAAUGUCUCCUUCCCCUUUUAGUUUUCCUUUUUCUGCUUCUUUCCUAUUUCAAAUUAACAGAAUGUAUACACACGUCCGACAAAACUUCUAUAAUUACGUAAUUCUGUAUUUGUAAAAGUGGUUUCUGUCAUAACUUAAGACUCCUGAAUAGUCCAAGUCUGAGUUAAACCUGUGUGAAAACCUGAGUGACGGGCGGCCAUGGCCAUCGCCCUGUGCAGGCAGUAGUUGGUUCAGCUUCGGGUUUUCUGGGACUGAGAGUCACCACAUACACUAAGCUAGCCUGGAACUCACUGGGUAGCCGAGGCUAAAUUCUAAUUCGCAGCAAUCCUCCUGUCCCUGUGCCUCGAGUGCUAGACUGCUCCUCCAGCAUUCUAUUGUUUUCUUUCCAACGCUAUUGUCUCCUCGCGCCAUUUCCUGCCUCUUUCCCUCCCUCCCUCACAUCUGCGACCCCACACCAGGCCCCAGACCCAGAGAGACCGCUCCCAUCCCCACUCACUGCUUUCUUUCACACUCAUGACUUCCCUGUCACGCGCGCUUACCCUCUUGCCCCACUCGCAGUCGAAGAUUCCGCCACGACCCGCCUCCUCAGAGUCGCAACAUGUGAGAGCUUCGCGCUCCUUGCGCAGGCGCCGAGGCCGCGGCUCCCAGCAGGCAGCGCGCGAGCCACGUGACAGCCUCGCAGAGCCGAUCAGCCUGGAGCCACUCUUCCGUUUAUUUCCCGCCUUUUUCUUCCAACUCGGAGUCUUCAAGAAAUAGAAAGGUCCCUUCCCACACUGUGGAGAAGGAAGGGUAACCUUCAAAACUGGUCUGUAUGAAGGAGAGAGGCAUUGCUCUGGAAAGCCAGUCUUGGACCGGGGCCAGGAAUCUCAGCAGAUGAGCAUUAAAUAUUUCCCACCAGCUCCUCUCAGGAAAGAGCAUUCUGGGCAUAGUGUGUGAUAACACAGGAAACUCGGCCGGUUCCUCCAACCCACAGUCUCUGUCAGUGUCCCUCUUUAUCCUUGAUGCUAUCAAACUCACCAAAUCACACCCUUAAAGAAAAUAAGUUUAUGAACUUAAAAAAAAAAGUCAAUUUGGCUGACCUAAUUAACCUUCAGAAAGUAUUUAGUAAUUCACAUGGUUCAUACAUUCGUGACUUACCUUUAUUGGGUACUGUCACAUGCCGACUUUGACCUGCAGUUUCACAGACAAACUUCCUAAACUCUUUGCAGUUAGUUGACCUGGCACUGAACCAAGUAUAUUGCCUCAUAAAACAAAGGUCAGUGGCACACCUCCACGAAAUCCGAGAGCAUAAUUUUACAUUUCAGAAGGCUGUUAUUUAACACGUGGGGUUUUGUUUUGGUUUUUUCCUUUUGUUUAUUUAAAGGUUAGCAUUAAGGCUGGGAAGUGAGCAGAAAUAGAGAACAUUGGCCUAACGAGAAUGUAUCUUGCUCGAUAUGGUAGGUGUCAGGGUACUUGAAAGUUCGUUAUCUGUGUUGAAAUUUUUACUACCUAUAUAUAGUGCAAUAAUGGGGAAAAGUUAUACAUUUUUCAUAAAGUUGAUUAUAUUCAUUUUACAGGGCUUCCCUGGCCUUGGGUUCAUUCUCCAGCACCCAUUAACCAAUGCAUACAUGUAAAUCCAGCACUGGGGAGGUGGAGACUAGAGGAGAAUACAUUUAAGGUCAUCCUUUGCUACUUUUGAGGCUAUCCUGGAAUACAUGAGAUCAUAUCAAAGUUUUUAAGAAAGUCCCUCAUUAGAAGACUAUGGGUUUUCUUUCUUUCCUUUUUUUUUUUUUGAUAUAAACAUGAAAUAAAAAUGUAAGGAUUUAACAUUUUUUAGCUUUAUAUUUAUAUUUAUACUUAGUAAAUAUAAAGUUCUCCGCUCAGUAUUUUGUUUUGGUUUCUUGUGUGUUUGUUUUGGGGGUAGUCAUGCUUCCUAAUCCAGGCUAGAUUGGAAUUUAUAAUCGUCCUGCUUCAGUCUUAACUAUUCUAUAUUAUUAUCACUAGCACUGUUGGUUUUUAAAGCCCAUUAAAUCAAAAAGUCUGGGCGAUGUUGUAUUAUUAUCUUCAUACUAUAGUAUAUCUAAACAGGCAAUUAAUUAUUUGGUUCUUAAAAUAUUUCAAAGGAAAAAGACCUACUGCGUAAAUUUUUACCAGACUAAACGAAAACAUAUUAUUGUUGUUGUUGUUGUUGUUGUUGUUGUUGUUGUUGUUGUUGUUGUUUUAAUGUUACCUUCAUUGUGUAAUAAGUGAGUAGUGAGAGGGUAUGGAGGGUUAUGGUAAGCCAGUGCCUUAGAAUCUUCCAAGGACUGUCAACAAGUCAAUAAAAUACACAGGGUACAGAAAUGUAUAGCUUACUCUACAGCAUAGAAAUCAAAGAGCCUUGCAUCAAAGUACAGAAAUGUACCAAUUGUUUCUGUGCAUCUCUAGAGCUGGAAGACGCUUUCUGGCAUCUGCUUCUGAUCUGUUGCUGCGUGUGCUGGAGAUUGAACCCAGAGCUGUGUUCUUGCUAGCUGAAUGCUCUAUAUCUGAGCUGAUCAUUCUGUGUGACACUGCUUCAUUCAGUCUUUCGGAUCACUUGGGGAAUGAAAACUUGUCUAAUUUAAACUCGGUCACACUGGUGUUUCUACCACAUUCUUUAAAAUGUUAGUUUUUCUUCUGGUAAUCCAUUCACCACGCCCUUCCAGCCAUCUCACUGCAAACUUCCUUUGUAAUCACAGCUAUGGACAUGAUGGUUUCACUUUAGGAAAUGAAAACUGUACCCUGCUUUAAAAAAAAAGAAAAAACCUUCAAAACCACCUUCUUACACAGCAUUUUAUUUCCUAACUUUAGAAGCUCUCAUACUAUUUCCGUACUGGCAGAAAUAAUUCACUUUGCUAAUUCCACUGCUAACCAAGCAACAAUUUAGCUGUGUCCCAGCAAAAAGUCUCUAAGAAAUACUGCUAUUAUUUCAGGGCAAUAUUUACACUCUGUUCUUUAGAAAUAACACUUUAGAAGAUGACCUCAAUGAGUUGGUUGCAAGGCUGUAUCAGUGAGUUAAAGAAAAGACUUAAAAAUCAUAUUUCGUGUAUUUUAAGUCAGAAAUUUGCCACCAUCCUAGGAAUAUCAAUUUUGUGUCUGUGUUGGGAGACGGGAGCCUGUAGAUGUCCCAAGGCUACAAUUUGCAUGUGGUAGUAAGGGGGCAGCCUAGGAUGUCUUUGCUACUGCAUAAUCCAGGCUACCCAGCCCUGGAGCUUCUGGGGGUCCUCCUGUUUCCAUUUCUUGUUUCCUGUAAGUACACUGGGGUUAGAUGCUAAAGCUACUACGUCCAGCUUUCAGUCAAAUUGUUACUCAAAUCUUUUAUUCAAAAAAGUUCUAAUGGUGGGGCUGAGGAGAGAACUCAGUCAGUAGAGUUCUAGCCACACAAGCAUGAGGACCUGCAUACAGCUAAUUCAGAUUAAAAAUAACAAUAGUGCCUGGCAUAGGGCCAGUGAGAUGGCUCGGCACGUAAAAGCACUUUCUGCCAAGCCUGAGUUCAGUCCCUGGGACCCAUGCGCUGUAAGGACCGAACCUACUCAGGCAAAUUCUACACACACACACACACACACACACACACACACACACACACACACACAGAGAGAGAGAGAGAGAGAGAGAGAGAGAGAGAGAGGAAAACAACUUGUAAAAUAGUUUAUUAGCAUAAAGGCUAAUCUUGUCAUCCCAGCACUGGAGGUCAUCAGUUCCCUGGGUCUCACUAGCCCACCAGCUUAGCUAGCCAAAUCAUGUGUACCGCAUGUCCUAGGGAAAGACUCUGUCUCAAAAACCAUUAUGGAUAGUUCUGAGAACAACACUUGAAGUUGGCCUCUGCCUCUACAUGAAUGUACAAUUCCCCUACACCCCACACAUAUACACACACAUGCACACACACAUGCACAUACAGGAAAAAGUAUAAUGCUUCAGAUUAUAAUGCUAUAGGCAUCUCAUAUGGUAAUGGAAAAGCUUUACAAAAGUAGUCACUGAGAAGUAAAUCUGAAGGGCUUCUAUCAAGGGUCAUGUGACACCAUGUUGGCCUGGGAAAGUAAAAUCCUGAAUAAGGUCUUAAAGAGGAAGAAAGAAAAUACUAAACAAAAAAUAUUUUAUCCCCCCCAAAUAUAUUUUAGGUAUAAUGGCUAUAGUAUAAAAAAUUACUGCAGUAUGACUAUUAUUCAGUGGUAUUAGAUAAAGAAAAUUCAUGUUGAAAUGUGCAAGAGCCUCCAAAUCUAUAGGCUAAUAGAGAAAGGAUGCUCUAACUAACCAACCGGAUUCAUUUUCUUACAUUGUAUGUACCUGGCUUUCUGAAAGAGGCAUGGGUCCAUUCCUUGCAGAAGAGAUGGUUCAUUGAAUAGUGGCAUUUACAGUAAAGGAAAUGCCUUUGUUUUCUAACAGUUUGCAUCAAAUCUCUCAUGCCAGGGGAAAAGAGGCACCAUGUGAAGGCGGGCCUGAGGCGUGCCAAGGGCAGUCUCCUCCCUUUGCCUGCCCUCUUCCUCCUCUGUGUUUCUCACAGGCGCAGCUGUACCCCAGGGUGCAGUUUCUCUGUAGCUCCAUGCUUUCCGUAAUCCUAGCUGCCUGCUCCAGCUGCUGACAGGACUGCCAUCUUCUGCAACCUCCAGGAUCAGGAAAAAGAAAGAGGCCUCGAAGCUUCCAAAUCACUUCCUCUUGGCCCAGGAACAAUGGCUGCCAUACCAGAAGAAGGCUCUUGUGUCAACUUCAAAGAAAUGAUGUUUAUUGACAACACACUUUACCUUAUACCUGAAGAUAAUGGAGACUUGGAAUCAGACCACUUUGGCAGACUUCACUGUACAACCGCAGUAAUGCGGAGCAUAAAUGACCAAGUUCUCUUCGUUGACAAAAGAAACCCGCCUGUGUUCGAGGACAUGCCUGAUAUCGACCGAACAGCCAACGAAUCCCAGACCAGACUGAUAAUAUAUAUGUACAAAGAUAGUGAAGUAAGAGGACUGGCUGUGACCCUAUCUGUGAAGGAUGGAAGGAUGUCUACCCUCUCCUGUAAAAACAAAAUCAUUUCCUUUGAGGAAAUGAAUCCACCUGAAAAUAUUGAUGAUAUAAAAAGUGAUCUCAUAUUCUUUCAGAAACGUGUGCCAGGACACAACAAAAUGGAAUUUGAAUCUUCCCUGUAUGAAGGACACUUUCUAGCUUGCCAAAAGGAAGAUGAUGCUUUCAAACUCGUUUUGAAAAGGAAGGAUGAAAAUGGGGAUAAAUCUGUAAUGUUCACUCUUACUAACUUACAUCAAAGUUAGGUAUUAAGGUUUCUGUAUUCCAGAAAGACGAUUAGUAUACACGAGCCUUAUGAUAACCUACUCUGUAUUUCUAUGACAAAAUACCUGAGGCCGCAUGAUUUAUAGAGUAAACAAGUUUAAUUGUC